CAGAUACUACAUUCGUCAUUCCAUACAGCGAGUCAUGCAUCGGUAACCUGAAGGCACUGCAAGCCGCAGAAGCCGAGGCUGCCCUGGAAACUGUACUGGAAUGACGAUCAAACGACAGCGAGAGUUAUCGCUGAUAGAAUUACCAAUCGGAAUAUUAAGACACAUCGUUACAUUUGUACCACUAGAAUGCUCUACGCUUUCCAAAUAUAUGUAUUCCCUGGUAGUACUCGAGCGAACUUCAUUCAGUGCAACCAAGGCAUUACAAAGGAAAACGCGAUCUGAACGCAUUAUUAAGACCUUGUUUAAAUGUGUAAACAUACAGAGCCUGGAAGUCUCAGGAUGGGAUCGCUGGAACGACCGUCUAAUACGACGUAUAGUAAUGUGCCACAAUCAAGGGUAUUUUCAUAAAUUGCGCUCGCUGUCGAUGAGAGACUGCAAUGAAAUCACUAUCGAGGGGAUGCGCACAUUGCUUCAUGCUUUGAAAACGAAGAUCUGCUACCUAGACAUGGAGGAUUGCCAUAAGCUCGGACCGGAAUGCCUACCAUCAGGAAUCAAUAAGCUCAAGGUGCUUAAGAUUGGAUUCCAAAAAAGGAAAGGAAAACUAGAAUCCGGAAAUAUAGUGGAACAUCUAACUAGAGGUAAACAUCUAAUUGCCCCAAAGCUAGAGUGGUUGUCCGUACAACACAGAGAAACGCAAUCACUGGGAUCUAUAGAGCGCCUGGGAGCUACACUCACAGCAUUGGACCUGAGAGGAUGCACGGAUAUACCGCAAUCGGAAUACAAAAAGUGUGCUGAGCUCCCAGAAUUAAAACAGUUGCUCACGGGAACGGGAAUCACAAGUGAGAUUCUCUGCAGUAUAGUCCACGCAUGUAAAAAACUGGAAGUGUUGGACAUAACAGGAUCGGAACUGUCCAAAGAGUGUAUAGAAGGUAUAUGUAAUAACCUCAAGUCGCUACAGAAGCUAAAGCUAGCCAAGUGUAAAAGUUUAACCAAUGAUGGAGUGCAACGGAUCCUUGCAUCAUUACCUAACCUAAGGCUCAUUGAUCUAUCACAUUGCUGGAAAUUAUCAGAUGCCUUGUGUAACCAUAUGCCGCCACUGGCGGCGACAGAUGAAUUAACCAUAGGAAUACACAACUGCUCAUUAGAUACCAGCAAGUUAGCAUUGACACUAGCCGAAAAACGCCCACAAGAUGCUCAAACUGUUACCAUCGUCUGGCAUCAAGAGCUAAAAAUAUCGCCAUCAUGAUAUAAUAAAUCGCUGGAUUAUUAACGCCAAUAAGAGGACUAAUAUAAAUAGCCAUCUGGAGAACCAAGAGUAUCGAUACUCAGGCCUACAAAACAUGCCACAAUGAUCAGU